AUGAAAUCUAAAAGUUCUAUUAUAAAAGUUUUAAUUUUGAUAUGCUUCUUAAGUGUUAUUAAUGGUGCUGAUUUUGGUUUUAAAAAUGUUUUCAAAUCAACGGUAGAUGUAACAUCGGGCGUUGCAAAAGAUGUAGCCAAUAAAUUGCCUACACCAAAAGGUCUUUUCGAGACCAGUAAACAAGUGAUAGCUGGCUAUCCAUUUGAGUUUGUAUCGACUUCUGUAAAUAAAAUAUGCUCUUCCGCUUUAGCGUCACAGACCAUAACUCCCAAAUUUUCACCCGACAUUAACAAAAUGCAAUUUCAACUAAGAACGGCCUGUGAUAGAUACAGUUUUCCAUUAUUGAGAGCCAAUGAUAUGUGGACAAGUCCACAUUUUGAUCCAAAUAAAAAAGUUGUUAUCUUAGCAACAGGAUGGACCACUACCGUUAAUGAAACCGAUACAAUUGAUGUAUUCGCCAAAGCCUAUAAUUGUAGAGGAGAUGUUAAUUUUGUGGCCGUUGAUGCUGCUAGUUUUGUGGAUACUUUGUACACUUGGUCUGCCUUUAAUACCGAAGAUUUGGGCAUGAAUAUUGCUGAGGGUCUUAAACAAUUAAUUAAAAUUGUACCAGUACAAAAUAUACAUUUGAUAGGUCACAGUUUGGGUGCACAUAUAAUGGGUUCUGCAGGUCGUAAUUUCCAAUUGAUGACUGGCAUGUCUAUACCCCGUAUAACUGGCUUGGAUCCCGCCAAACCCUGUUUUAAUGAGGGUGAAACACUUUCGGGUCUAUUGAGAGGUGAUGCUGAUUUUAUCGAUGUUAUCCAUAGUAAUCCUGGUGUUUUGGGUAAACGUGAUCCUAUGGGUGAUAUAGAUUUCUAUCCUGGUGGUUUGGAUCCUUUACCCACCGGUUGUCUUAGUGUCGUUUGUGCUCAUGCCCGAGCUUGGGAAUAUUUUGCUGAGACUGUAUAUCCGGGCAAUGAAUUUAAUUUCAUAGGAGCUCGCUGCAGCUCUUUAACACGCUUGCGCGAGGGUAAAUGCCCUAGUAAAGAGGUGCCUAUGGGUUAUGCCGUACCCUUUGAUGUUAAGGGUAACUAUUUCUUGGAGGUCAAUGGUGAAGCCCCAUAUGGCAGGAAUGGCAACAAACAUCGUUCAUUGAAUUUUGCUGAAUGUGGCAACUGUGAGGAGAAGAAGAAUUAGUUAACUUAUGAGAUUAUUUCUUAAGAAACUGUUAGCUUUUAUGUUUAACUUUGUUAAUAUUUUUUCCAACAUUUUAUUAACAUUUAAUAAUUGUUAUUAGAUUUUAUGUGUGCAUUUUUUAAUACCAGUUAUGUUAAGUAAUAACAUUAUGUAUUAUGUAGGUUUUCUUACAAAAAAAAUCUAUUAUUAAAAGUUAUUAAAAUUUAA